AUAAGUUUGUGUACAGGAUAAAAUAUUGUUUAACCGUUAGCUUUAACAUUUCUAGAGACUCUUUUCUGGAGAACAUGUAUGUUACCUCAAAAGUAUAAGGAUAUUCCCAAUGAUCAGAGGUCAGAACUUGAUUGUAGACUAUUCAUGAUUAUUGUGCUAAAAAAAAAAUUCGCAACAUUUUCAUUUUUUGAAAGGAAAGAAAAGAGCAUCAGUAGAUUACUAUUAUUUAAAUCAAAUUCAAUAAAUGAUUCAAUCAUUCAUUCAGUCACACCAGACAGUGAGACAGUGAAGUCGAAGUGCCUUGGCCCAUUCAAUCAUUGGCAUUGGCAUUUGUUAAUUUAUUAAGCUUGACGAGCUGAUUUUGAUAAUUCAAUUUGGCUUUUUAUAUUAAUAUUAGAUUAUAAAUAAUCAAUAAUUAAUAGUUAAGUGUGGGACCAUCCAUAAAUGACGUCAUGCAAUUUUUGACGAUUCUUGACCCCCCCCCCCCCCCCCCCCCACCCCCCCCCCCCCCCCCUCCCCCAUCCUACAAAUCGACACAAAAAGUUAGAACUUAUUAGAACCCCCCUCAAAUAUAACGUCACAAAUCUCUGCACCCCCCCCUAUAAAAAAAGUCCCUGUGUCCACUACUGUCCUUUACAAACCCUUAAGAAAUUCGCCUCCCAUAUGGCAUGUUCAUGGAUAUCAAAUUACUGCACCAGUGUCAGAAACAUUUCACAAGGUCAGUGGUUCUGAACCAGGGGUAAAAGUACCUCCCCAGCCUUGAGGUGUGGAAGACCAAAAAUUUGUAUUCAGUUGCGUAGCUAGUGGGGUACGGAGCGCACCGGUCGACACCAUCUCAGGGGGUAGGUACUUUAAAACUAGUCGACGCACCAAUCUGCGCAUGUCCGAAAAUGUUGAAAAAACUUUAUCUACAAUAUGGCGUACAGCUACACGGUAUCUUUGGAAAAUUACAUACUACAUCAACUUUGUUUAUUAACCCUCUUGGAACGUAAGGGCCGAUCUAAAGACAUAAGUCCGAGCCGUCGGCCCGAUAAAUCGAGCCUCACGGUUGGCUGGUUUGGCGUUGUAUCAGCGAAUCAAAAUUAUUCUUACGUAUUCCUGCACAUCCCGGCAUUGUAAUGGCGGCGUUGGUUGAUGGUGAACUCAAUUUAUUUGUGUGCAGGAAUUUGUGUGUGUGUGUGUAGUUACAUCAUGAAAUUCAAACAUGUCUGCCAGUGACUCUGAUCAAACUGUGCUUAGUAAUUUUGAUGUUCUAGCAGUAAAUUAGACACUGAAACUGAUGAAAACAACCAGGAAAUUAAUGAAGACUUUCAAAUUGAGGGUAAUGCUAAUGUUGUGAACUCUUGGUUUAGUAUUACUAGUAUUAGGGGUCCUCAACUGGACAGGGAUGACCCCUCUGAAUUUUUAGACAACAUAGGUUCUAUAAAUAAGGCAUAAGCACACCAUUUGAGUACUCUAUGCAAUUUUUUACACUAAAUAUCAUUCAAAUGUUUAUGAGAGAGACCAAUAGAUAUGCAGACAACUUUCUCAGUAACAUCCAGCUUAAGAAAAGGUCCCUAGGUCAUAAAUGGGGGCCUGUUACAGCGUGUCUGUAACAACUGAAAAAUAGGGUGGAGGGGAUGGAAAAGGAGUAGAAUUAUGUGCCAGAUGUAUCUGAAGGGCCCCCAUGGACCUUGUUUCCCAAAAAUAUAAGUGUUAGGACUUAUUUAGGCUUAUCCAUAAAAAAAUUCACACCAUUGAUACAAAUAAGUCAUAUUUAUUCUAGGUUUAACCAAAAGUUACACGCAUACAUUAUGCAAAUCAGGGUAGGUCAUUUGCAUAAAUUUUAAUAUUUCAUUUUGAUUCAUAAAGAUUGUAUUAGUUCAUUCAAUUUCCUACAAGAAUAUACAUAGUUUUACAUAUAUUAAGGAAAUAGUUUAUUUUUUAUACAUUUUUUUACAAUGUGAGUGCCGAGCUCGUAAAAAGUGCUCCGUCUUUUUGGCACAUACACCCCGAAAAGGCUCCGUCCCAAGAGGGUUAAAUAAUUGCUUUCCUCAUCAGUGAUGUAUCCGUUUUUGUGUUCCGGUGAUAUAUUGAUUUAUGCUAGGAGAUUUUUUGUGAAUCACGGACCGUAUUAUUAUAAUGACUCGGCAAGUAUAUAAAUCACAUAAAUAUUUUUUUUUAUUAGUUAUUUUAGGCAAAUAAGGUGUAGUUCAGUGCAAACUAAAUUCAAUUUGAGAGUUUUUUCAUUAUUGGAGUAAUUAUCAUUGACUAUGUCCCAGAAAAGUUAUGCAUCUCCCAAAGUAGAGGGGGUAUGAAAAUGUCCCCAAAUUAUUAUUUUUUUAUUUUUUAUUUUUUGAUUGAGAAGCCGGAAAUGGUUAUUAUCACUGUCAGUUAUGAAAUUAUUCGUUAUGGUUGAAACCUUAAACAUCUGAAUAAUUAUAAGAAGUUGAUAAUAAAUAAUUUGAAGAAAAUAUUAUAAACAAGCUUGAAAAGUUUAUGUAGUAACCAAAACCAAAGGGUGCUUUUAAGUUUUAUUUAUUACAUUGAAAAUUAUGUGUACCGGUAUAGUUUAAGCCUAGGCCUAAGCUUAAUCACUUAAUACUAAUACUAAUAAACUAAUACUAUUCUAUUACAACAAAUGCAAUUAAAGCCCAAAUUUAAAUAGUAUUUUUAAAUUAAAUAAGGUAUUUAAUCAUAAAAUUUUAAGAAUAGUUAACUACUGGUUAUGACAUGACAUAGAGUUAGAAAAAAAAAUGUCUAAUUAUAUAAUUAUAAAUAAUAAAAUAAAAACGAAACUAGUUUUAAUAAACACAUAAUGAAUAAUUAUAAAUUGAAUAAUAAUUUAUAUUUUAAAAAGAAAUUUUGUAUAUUCAGAAUAUUAUUCAGGAUUAUGAUUGAAUAGAUUAAGAUGUUUUUCUAGGUUUAUUUCAGAUACAAGAGAAAAUUUUCUUUUGCAGAACUCAAUGGAAUUCCUUCCAUCAACGAACAAGGAGGCACGUUUGAAAGUAGAUAAAAAAAUGAUUUUGAGUGAUUUUUAUUCAUAAUUACAUGAUAUAUGCAUUCAAUUUUAUUUUAAAAAAAGAAACUACUUACCUUUUUAUGAGUGUAAGAAUUGAUUUAAAAUUUCACACAAGCAUAUAAUUAGUUCAAAUCAAAUAAACAAGUUACCCUGUAAUUACUGUAAUUUUUUUCUUUGUCAGUAAAGAUUUUUCCAAUUUUCUGUUCACAUUUUUCUUAACAUACCCUCAAAUAAAAUUUUUCAAAAUACAAAGUACUGAUGUUAUUUAAAAGUAUAGUUGUUCAUUGGGUUGUAUAUUGCAUUAAGAAUGUCUCCUGAAAAUUCGGUAGCAUUAUCUUUUAGAAUAAAAAAGUUGUGGGCAAAAUAAGUCCGAAAUUUGGAAAGUUGGUCACAUGUUUUUCAGUUAAAUACAAAGAUAAAGAAGGGGGUUGUAAAAAAAUCACCAAAAAAAUCAAAACUCCACUUCUAUAAAAGAUAGAAAGAUGAAAUUGGUGUUGUUAUAAAGCUUAUAGCUAGCCCUUUAAAAUAAUCAGACAAUAUUUAAAUUUUGUGUCAAAGUACCUACAGGGGGUUACACCAAAUUGAAAAAUAACUUAAUUACAGAGCACACACUGUUCGGUCUAACCGAAAUUCAUAAAAGGAUAACAGAUGACACGUACAUUUUCCACCCGUGUAACCAAUCAAAAUGCGUGUUUCGUUAAUAUUAAAAUUUCAAGGUUGAUGCCAAGGCAAUUAGAUUACCAUAUUAUUAGGUCAGAAAACAUCGUUUUGACCAUGUUUCAACGCCGAAUGAAGUGUUCGGUAACUUUUGUAAGUUUCAGGAAGCUAUUUUUAUCUAAAUUCUAAGAAAUACAACUAUCCUUUGAUAACAAUUAGUGAUUCUAAGUACAAGUUACAGUUCUGAAAUACAUUUACCUCCUUAGCUUCAUUUAAUUUGUUUUUGUUCUUGUAUUUCUUAUACUGUGGACUAAGUUUAACAAGAAGAAAUACAUCAUGAAAAGGGGGGUGGAUGGGUGACACCACGAGCUUACCGGACCAGGUGACACCAACCCUAGCUAUGCCACUGGUUGUAUUUGCUGCCAUUGCUAAUGGUUGCUGCUUUUAAAAAAAAAAAAAAAAAUCAAGUGUUUAUGGAUUUUGAUGAGCAGCAGUCAAUGCUGAAUUUCAUUUGCGCAUUUCGUGUAUUGGUAAUUUUUUCCCAUUUAUAAAAAGUUAAUUAAAGAAAUAAAACUACGAUAGCUAAAUUUUAAAAUUAUUUUAAAUUUUAUUACAAUGUAAUUUAUACGGUUGGGGGAGGGAUGUUUAAAACGGAGUGGGCCUGCAACGCUGCAAAAAGGGUUAAUAAUCCCUGCCCUAGAGCAUUUACUAAGAUAACCCCCACCCCGCGGUCAACAUUUUUUUUCCGCUCCAUCCCACUUCCCGCGUCCACAUUUAGCCAUUAAUUCUCACGACUGUCAUUGUAACUACACUCCGAUUCCCCUCCCUUGGCGUCCUGUAACUUGAUCAGAGGCCAUUCUUUGGACGGCACAUACCCAGACCUGUUUACUCUUACGAUUUUGGCGUACAAUGUACGAUUUUGAGGUAUAAAACAUUAUAUAUACUGUAUGUUUAUUUUUUACUAUAAAUAUAAGGUACUGAACAAUUAUGUGAUGAUAUUGUACGAUUUUAAACGUUUGAGAGUAAACGGGUUUGCAUACCUGUACUCGGGACCGGCGCUAGGAGGAUGCGGGGCCUUUGGCAAAUUGAAUUUUGCUGGGCCGUUGACGUUAUAUAUUCCGCCGAUAGGAUAUUAAGACACGUUAUAGUCGUACUGGGCCUUGGGUCAUAAUGGGUAGUGGGACGCGUCAUAACGGUUGCCAGACUGACCUUCAGACCAUUUGACUAUCUAAUAACUCCGAAGAUUGGGUUGACUGGAUUAGGAACUAUUAGCAGGCUGAGGUAUAUUAUAAAUAUACUACAGCAACGUGCGGUCUCCCACUUCGCCAUCAUCUAGUGCCGGCUCUGCCUGUACUGAUUCUCUCAGUGAUAGUAGUUUAAAAAUAAAAUAAUUAUAAAUGUAUAAAAGAAUAAUGUUAAAAAUGUCUGUAAUUUAGUGCAAAGCUUUACUACAAUAUUCCGCUUUUCAUGUGACGUCACAUUGCUUGAGGGCCCCCCCCCCCUUUGUCACACAUCGUCACACAAAUCUGACGGAACCCCUCCCCCCAGGCGCGUGAGUCAUUUAAGGAUGACCCCUAUAGCUUUUUUUUUCAGUUUUAAAUAAUUCACAAUCAAGGGAUAAAGUUGAAGAAGAACACUGCAAGAUUUAAAUUUUUAACCAAUAAUGAAUAAUCAUUAUAAUUAAUAAGUUAAGUAACAGUCAGGACUAGAGUUAGUAAAGACCUGCGGCUGCGGCCUAGUAAAGGAUGAUUCAUUAUUAGACCCAACCAAGGCACCAAGGGGGAAAUUAAAGCAAAUAUCUCAAAGACUAUUCAUUUUCAUCAUUAGUUAAUCGAAAUAGGCUCAUUUUUCAUAACCACUGAAUAAUUUCAGUCUCAGGUUUAAAACAUUUUCUACACUUAUAAAUAAUAACACAAGGAGAUUGCAACAUCACAUAACGAUUGUUGAAUUUUUUUAAAGAAAUAAUUAGUGGGGGGAAAAAGGACCUAAACAAUAUUUUAAAGUCAAACAUAAAUGUAUGUAAGUGAAAAGAAAGAAAAACUCCUUUAGAAAAUAUAAAUGACAACUUAAAACUAGCAUGGCCGUAAUUUUGAAACAUUCAUUGAAGUAUGUGCUGUGAACUGAAAGUGAAAUCAAAGAUUAAUUGCAAAAAUUAUAGGAGAAUUUUCUUCAGGAAAAGAACUCAAAAAAGAGAAGGUGGGAUGUUUGGAACAAAGAAGAAGAGGGAAGUGGUUGCUGUUAAUUGCGUAAGAAGCUGAGUUGAGGCCUAUUUUGUGAACAUAUCUGUUUAAAAAUUGACUCCAUGUGCCAAAUCACAUUUCUUUAUUGUUAAAUUAUAUUUUUUUUGUUUUUAAAUCACAGGUAAAAAAUGGUUUUUCUCAUUCUUUUUGGUGGGUACAUUUUCACAUCACUUGUGCUGUUGAGAUACCCUCACCUUCUUCAUAAGAAAAAAGUUCUAAAGUUUCGAGCUCAGCAUAUAAGCCACAGGGGAGGUAAGAAUUAGCGUCAUUCAGUUUAUAGUUUUUAUCGUAUCAAAGAUUCAGAUUUUUUUUUUUAAAUUAAUGUUUUGUUCUCUUAGAAUUUGUGUUGUUAAUGCCAGAGUCAGAAUAAUUCAUUCAAAAUAUACAAAAGGAAUUCAUGAAUACAUGCAAACAUUAUUUUGUCUUUACAAGCAUAAGAAAUUAAAGUUGUUUAGAAUCCCUUUAUAAUUCCUAUGUAAAACACUCUUUUAUCAUAUCACUCUAUCUUUCACUCCUCUAUACAUCUUUUCUGAAUGUAAAUUUUUUUCUUUACAGUCUAUAUUUAUAAUUGUCAAUUGUUAAAACUACAAUGUGUAUUUUAAUCAUCUAUCAACUGUAUAUUCAUCAUUUCAGGCGCAGCAGAGAGAGUUGAAAAUACCAUGGAGGCAUUCAAACAGUAUGUACUUUUUUUCUAUGAUGAUCAGUUAAAAAAGAAAACCAUGAAUGACAUUAAAAUUUAUUGAGAUGAUACAAAUUAUAUACAUGGAUGAUGAAAUUUAACAAUUAUUUGAAAUAUAAAGAAUAAGAAAAAAGCAGUCAGCCUUUUUACUAAAAUUCCCUCCACUUCCCUCUGAAACAUUUUCACUGAGAAAUGCUUGGAAAAAACACAAUACCCACCUACCCUCAAGCAAUGCUCAAGAAGAUAUGAUUUGGGGAAGUUCCUCCAUUGACUCAUUUUUAAGUGUUUGAGUAGAUUUAAGUCACAGGCUCCUUCUUACCCAUGAAGAGCUUAAAUAACUAGUUUUGAGAAACAUUAUCAUAAGAAGAAAUACAAUUUUUAAUAUUUAACAUUUCCUCUUCUUUUCUCUCAUUACUCAAAAUCUUUGAUAGUAAAUUAAUUGAACAUUGAAAUUCAGUGCCCAGGAUGUGGGUACAGAUAUGCUGGAGAUUGACUGUCAUCUGACCAAAGAUGGACAGGUAGUUGUGUCACAUGAUGACAUACUUUUCAGGACCUGUGACUGCUCAACGCUUAUUUCAGAAACUAACUUUGAGGUAAGAUUAUAACUGUUUCAUACAUUAGUGGAGGCAAAAGAUCUUUAGUCAAACAUCUGCUUAGGGGUUCCCGCUCCUGAUAUUAUGACGGUGGUAAAAAUGAUUUUGGUCUUUAUAGAUUAAAGUUUCUUUGAUCUCUGUUCAGAAAGUUUAAUCAUUUGUAAGUCAUAACACAGAUGAUCUCUCAUAAACCAUGAAAUGAGUUUUCAGCUUCUGGAAGUAAUUUUUUGUGGAGUUGGGUCCUAAGUUCUUUCAUCUUCAAAUUUUUAAAAAUAGAAUUACUGAAAAAUUUGAUGAACACUUAUGUUAAGAAAUAACUUGUUUGGCAUCCAUUAUUCACAAAUAUAGAUGUUCAUGGAAAAGCGGGGUAACUAUAUAACUGGGUAGAAAUUGUAGGAUUAGCAGGACAAUUUUUUGGUAGAAGAAUUAAAAAUAUAACCCUGCACUAUAUUUAUAAGGUGGUAUUUUUAAAAUAGUUUUAAUAAUUUUGUUUUUAGGAUCUGCCAAUGAUGAAAAGCAAGGUGACAGUUGAUUUCUAUCAAAGUAAGCUGACAAUAAAAAAAUAAUGGGGGCAGAGAGAUACUGUCAGUAUUGUUACAUUUAUUCCCUUGUUUGUUUUUUUCGGGGUUAUAUUUCAUAGAUUUCAUAACCAUCAAAUUUCUUUUAUAUUAUGAUAUGGAAAAAUUUAUGAGUUUUAAAAGCCUUCUUUUAUUGAACAAAGUUUGUAAAAGUUAAUAAAUGGUUAUCUUAACCAUCUAUUAUAUGCUAUUGUUAUCACAGAAUUGUGUGGUGAAGGAACUGACAGAAAGAUCCCUCUGCUUGAGGAGGUGUUCCAACAGUUUCCAGACAUGGCCAUAAAUAUUGAUAUAAAAGUGGACAAAGAUGAACUUAUGCAAAAGGUUAUCUUGUUAUCUACUAAAUUUAAAGCUAGAGGCUAGACUGUAUCAUGAUAUUUUUAAUGUCUUAAAUUUAAUAUUGGGUUUUUUUGUUGUUGUUUUUUUCAAAUUUGUUUACACUUCUUAAUUCCGAAAAGGAAAAAAUAUGUCUCUCAAAUAUCUUAAGGGUUUCUUAUUUAGUAUUAUGCAAUCAAUUUAUGUUGGAUGGUUCGGGAAAAAAAAUGUUUUUUUAUGUGGGGGAGAGAGAUAAUGCUGGCUGCAAUUUUUAAAUUCAUGAAUUCUUAAACUACUCUUUUAAUUUUUUUCUUUAUUUUCUCAAAUGACAAAUUUGUCAGGUGGAUGAAUUAAUUAGACGUUACAACAGAGUGGAGAUGACUGCUUGGGGAAACAGAUCAGAUCAAGUUUGUCAGAAACUCUAUAAACUGGUGAAUAUAUUUAAACCAUGUAUUUUAUCUUUCUUUACAGGAAAUUAAUAUUAAUCUCCAAUUAUUCCUUAACGCCAUGAAUUUUUAAUUUCUCACUAUACUAAUUAACAAUGUGAAGAGGUUAAAUUAGUUAUAAACUCUUCUUAAAUCUAUAUCCCUUAAACUGAUAUAACAACUUUUACUUCUUUAUGCAAAUUUAAUUUAUUUAAAUACACAUUUAUUGGACAAAUACAUUUAUAUUUUUUAAAUUUACUCCUCAGAAUCCAAACGUCCCACUUAUUUUCUCGCUACGUCGUGUGAUCACCCUUAUUGUCUUGUUCUGGACUGGAUUGCUUCCCUUUGUAAAUAUAAAAGAAUCUCUCCUAGAAAUCAUAGUACCAGGAAUCAUGCUUGAUGCGUAAGUAGUUACUGGUAUGGAAAUAAAAAUAUACCAUUGCAUUGUUGGAAACAAGAUUAUUGGCCCAAGAUGAUUACAAUAUAAUCUAAUAUUGAUUUUGUAACCUAGUUUUAGAGAAACAGUGUUAAAAUUGGGAAACAACCUGGCUUUUAGUAUAGUAAAAAGGCAGCCAACUUUACCAUUUUAUUUUUUUCAAAUGAAUUUUAAAUUCUUAGCCAUUGAGGUAAUAAAAACAGUUUCCACAAUGAAUGUGUAGAUUAUUGAUACCAUUCUUUUUCUCUUCAGAGAUGAGCUUCUUAACAAACCCUUGAAUGGCAAAGCCAAAGUGUUUUUCUGGAUAAUGGAUAAGUGAGUAUCUAUUUUGUCGAUUUUAUCUAAAUACCCCCACGCCAUAUCUGAAAUAUAAUUUAAUUGCACCCACACCUUAGGUUUAUAAAUAAUUCAAUACCCCCAAAAGAUAUUUUAGAAGGUAUGAUCAGAGAAUAAAACCUUCUUUUUUGUGUGAUUCCUUGCAGACUGUUAAUGAGGCCUUCAUUGAUCAAGCAUUUAGAUGAUCGGGGUAUACAGGUAAAAUCUAUUUACUUCUGUAAAUGUCGCUAAUGGAAGCAAUAAGAGAUAAGCCAUGAUUUUAGACAAGUUAAUUUUAAAUAGCAUGUCCCUCAUUUGUCAUGUACAUUGCAAUAAAUGGGACAAAUAAUUACAUAAUAGACUCUCCAUGUUUUCCAAAUUAACUGAUAUUAUUUGUUCAUGUAAAGUCAUACAUGAUGUUUUUUCUUUCAUUUAAAAAAAUCCAGACGUACUUGUGGGUGUUGAACAGAGAACAAGACUUUAAAAGGGCAUUUAGUCUGGGAGCGGCUGGGGUCAUGUCUGAUAGGAUCCAGCUUCUGAGAGAUUAUUUGGACCAUCAAGUGCCAUCAUCAGCUUUAAACCACCGUGAUGAGUUAAAGCAAGAUUAACCAGGUUGUUUCAUAGUAUUUAUUAGUUUAGUACAUGAGGUCAGAGAUGAAUGUAAAAGAGGGAAGUUUAUG